AUGGCACCGUCAUUUCUUCGAGAAAACCGAUUUGUUCGGCAUUUUACUCCUCGGUUGGCACUCUCCGUCGCUCUGAUUGCCCUGUCCACCUUCAACUAUGGCUUUGAUAACCAGGGGAUUGCUACAAGUCAAGCAAUGCUGGCAUAUAAGAAGCAAUUUGGAGACUUUAACCCAGAGACCAACACAUAUGCCAUACCCACCUACUACCUGUCUCUUCUUAACAGCCUCAACUUCAUCGGGUUCGCUUUUGGUCUUUACAUCGGAAGCAUCAUCAGUGCUCGCUAUGGUCGCAGAAUGUCCAUGUUUUGCAUGUCCCUUUGGGCUAUGAUGUCCGCGACAGUGCUCAUCUCGGCCACAACGAGAGGGCAAGUCCUCGCGGGUCGCAUCCUUAACUACACAUAUAUAGGCAUGGAACUCUCUACCUGUCCUCCAUUUCAAGCCGAGAUUGUCCCUGCCCCCAUCCGAGGCUUCGCUGUUGGAACAUAUCAAACCAGCUUGUUGCUCGGCGGUGUCAUCAUCAACAGCGUCUGCCGUGGCACAAGCGGGCUUUCGAGCAACGCAGCCUGGAGAAUUCCGAUGGGUCUCUUCUAUCUCGUCCCGGUGACAGUCGCAUCAUGCGUCUGGUUCAUCCCGGAAUCCCCUCGAUGGCUAGUGCUCCAGGAUAGGGAGGAAGACGCUCUCCGGUCUCUGCAAACACUCCGCGGCUCCGACCCAUCUUACAAUGCCCUUGAGGAUCUUGAGCUACUGCGGCUCUCCCUUGUAGAGGAGCACAACAAAGGGCGGUAUUCUGACCUUUUUCGAGGCACCAACCGAAGACGCACACUUGUUGCCAUGGGCAUGAACUUCUUCAUCCAAGCCACAGGAUCACCAUUCACCGCUGCGUACGGGACGCUCUUUGUCCAAUCCAUCGGCUCCAUCAAUCCCUUUAAUUAUUCCAUCAUGAGCUCCUGCAUCAACUUCACCUGCUGUCUAAUCGGAAUCUCGAUUACGGACAAGGUUGGUCGUCGUCCAAUCCUCAUGGCCGGCUCAGUUCUCCAGGUGAUCUGGCUAUUCACCAUGGGAGGCAUCGGAACGUCGGCGAAUCCCUCGCUUGUUCAAAAACAAGUCAUAGUAGCUGCUACAGCUCUAUCAUCGGCCAGUUUGUGUUUCAGCUGGGAUCCCAUGAACUACAUUGUUACGACGGAACUUCCAGCGUCGCGAUUACGAGACAAGACCCAGAGAGUUGCCUCCAUUGUUAAUAUUGUGACCAACUUUCUCUUUUCUUUCUUUACUCCGUAUUUACUCAAUGCGCCAUACGCAAAUUUGAAGUCCAAAGUGGGCUUCAUAUUCGGAGCUCUAGCCAUAUGCUCCUUCUUCUUUGCAUAUUUCUGUGUUCCAGAGAUGAAGGGACGGAGUUUGGAGGAAAUUAACGAAAUGUUUGACAAAAACAUACCGACUAGACAAUUCGGUAGCUACGUGCUGGAACACAGGGUUAGCGACAAGGCAGACGUGAUUGAGAUGGAGAAGACGCCCGCUGAUAAAUUUGGAGGCAUCCCUGAGAUAUAG